UCCACACGUGGGAGUGGCCUCCAGCUGCCCUAUGGACAGAGAAGGUGUGGUCUCAGUUAGUGCAGCUGAGUUUCACCUGACGACUCCAGCACAGCUCUCACACACAGCACAACUUCUGUUGGAUUGUUUUAUUUAAGGCUUAUGAUGGAGGCUGCAUUGACAAGAACGAGGCUGAAGUUGGCUGUGUUUUUUCUGGUAACAUUUCAUCUGAAGACAGAUUUGACAGAGGCGAUGCAGGUGACAUCUUCAGGCCCACAGACCAUCCAAAAGCCCCAAGGAGAAAAUGUCCCGUUGGGGUGCACUUACACCCCUGGAGUCCAAGACGUUGGGGAGUUGGACAUUGAGUGGUCCAACGUCAGCCCGGACAUGACGCAGAAAGACAGGCUGCUUUUGACCUACACGGGAGGGAAAAUACACAACUAUGACCCCAGCCUCUCCAGCAGACUCCGCUUCAUAGGAGACCCCAAGCAGGGGGACGCAUCCAUCCUUCUGUCGAACGUGAGGGUUUCAGACACGGCCACAUAUCAGUGUAAAGUCAAAAAGGCCCCGGGUGUCGACAUGCGGAAAGUAACUCUUGUAGUAAUGGUCCCCCCCUCUGUGCCAAAAUGCUGGGUUGACGGCAAGGAGGAGAAAGGCAGUCCUGUCUCCCUCCGCUGCAAAUCAUCCCAGGGAUCAUCACCUCUCACGUAUACAUGGACAAGAGAAAGUGGGGGUGCACUACCGCCCGUUAUGGCAGAAGCAGACACUGGGGAGCUUUUGAUAAAGAACCAUUCUGACAGCUACGCUGGAAGUUACGUGUGUGAGGCCAAAAACCCUGUUGGCAAGGCGCAGUGUAGAUAUUCACUGAAGGCAUACAACCCUACCAACAAAGUGGGCGUCAUCGUUGGGGCUGUGAUAGGUGCUCUACUCCUCCUCCUCCUCCUCUUGCUCCUCAUCUGGCUCCUGGUCUGCUGCUGCAACAAGCGGCGCUAUGAGAAGGAGGUUGCAAAUGAAAUCAGGGAGGACACCCAUGCCCCGGAGAGCCAACCCUCCAGCAGAAACUCCAGCUACCGCUCAGUGCUGGGCUACCGCACCCACCAAGGGGUGUCCUACAGCUCGGUGGGGAACCGCAUGCCCAGCAUCAAUGAAUCCAACGCCAGUCACCGCAGCAACAGUGACAAGUCCUCAAAACCAAGCGCCGCUGUAGCAGUGAAACCACUUCCUCCUCUCCAAUAUGACCAUCGCUAUGGUUACCCUGUGUAAACACAACUGGACUUCUUUAAUGAAGCAAUGCAUUUUAUGACUUCUCAGCGUAAAACAUGCUUCUUAUACAAAGCAGUAUGCGCUAUGACUUUAAAAAAUCUUACCUCAGCUACUGAAGUGGAUGACCUUCAUGAUGCACUGUAACAAACUGUAAGAUAAAUUAUGUGGGUAUGAAGAACGCUAUAUUGCCAUGCUAUUUUAUGCAAUAUUAACUUGAUUUAUGCAAGAUGUACAGUACAUAGCAGAUGGCCUGUAUUAUGUUUGAGUGCUUCUUUUUUCCAUGGUGUAAAGAUAUAUUUUUUAAUAACAACAUACAAUAAAAAUGACUUUUCACUGACAAGCCAAAGAGGUGAUAUACAAAUCAUUCUGAAUUCUAAAUCACGUCUAAUGGAACCCGAGAGAUGACACUUUACUUCCUUAUCAUGAGCCAUUUCAAGUAAGCCAUUUGGGAGAGUUUGGAGCAAUGCAUUAAAAUACAGAUGGUGCCCAGUAAGUCAUUCUGCUGUAAACAAAUUACCAUCUUAAAUUCUGAUGACAUGCAUAAACAAGGUCAGACAGUCGCCUUGUUCGAUGAAUUUGCCUCUUGGAAAAAUAACAUGUGCACAAAGUCAUGUAGCACCAUUGCCUUGUGUGUUUCUUGCUCAGCGACCAGUAAACUAUACUUCCUGGAUGAGUCUACUCCAGUGGCGAGUUGGGGCGCUAAGCCUCCGUUGCCACACUGUGGAGGCCGAGUCAGCACUGUGCCUGCGGUCCCACCCCUCUUCAAACGGCGCUCAUUUAGCCUGAUGGCAUUUUUUUAAGCGCUGUAUGUUGAAUUAAUAAGAGCUGCAGGAUGGAGGCCCUCAAUAACAAGUUCUGCCCUGGGACUCCUUCUGGGCAGCAGUGAUGGAGGAAGAAUUUACAUCCUUUUCUCAAAGACCAAAUAGAAAGCCACAAGUACAAUCCUGUACUGAAUAUAGUACACAACUGUAUAUAAGUAUUAUUGCAAAUACUG